UACGUUUCCCUCCACGACCAGAUAGCUUUGUAGCUAAAUGAUACGGAACCCGAAAACCCACACGAACAACGCAUUUAAUUUAAUUCGUUAGUAUUUAUUGAUACAUCAAACGACAUCAAUAAUCAACGUUUGUUUACGGAUAACACGCGUGGUAACGUACCUCUAUCGAGGAUAAAGUAGCUUUAAAUUGGUAUUUUUAACUGCACCAGAUUUAUGUGAGGACAAAGGCCUACACAUUGCUCGCUGCUUCCAAAGCAUGUAUCCCUCUUGGGGUAGUAACUAUGGUGGUGGUGGUGGUGGCGGCCAUCAACCACCUUCGCAGCAGCACUUCGGUGCGCCGAGGGGUCAGUCUCCUCAAGGCGAAGGCUUCGGGGGAGGAUUCGGGGUCUAUGGAGCUGCUACACCCGCAGCUGCACCCGGGUCAACGUUCAACAGCCUGCGGGAGCAGCAUCUCCAGCAGAUGCAGCAGCUACAACAGCUCCACCAAAAACAGCUCCAAUCUGUGCUGCACCACGACAGGAACGUAAAUGAAAAACCCUAUGGCGGCAGCGGUGGUCCUACGGCCGAGUCGUGGCAAGGCAACUCGGGAUAUGGGUAUGGUUCAACGGGGACCGGUGCCCCUUCCUCAUACCAAGAGGAGUAUCAGUCCAUGCAAGGCCCUUCCCCUUAUCAAGAUGAGUAUCAGUCCAUGGAAACCGGGGCGCCAAGCCCACAACUUCAGCCACCGCAGCCCAAAGAGACCCAGCUUCCCCCAUCAGAGGAGAACCCACCCUCAUCAGAGGCGAACCCACAGGUACCCACUCAGAACAAUGGUACACCAGCGACUAAAGAGGAGCAGCAGCAGUAUUGGUACAAGCAGCAUCUCCAGAACUUGCAGAGGCUGAAAGCAGAGAAGGCCAAACAGGGCCAGGGGGAUGGCCCAGCACCCCCACCUCCCAAACCACAGCCCCACUCGGCGGCAGCCGCCCCUCCCCCUCCAACGGAACCACCCAAGAACGCCCCUCCACCACCACCUCCAAAAGAGGAGCCCCCACCACCACCUCCACCCGAUGACGCAAAGCCUGCCCCCAUGACCCAGGACCCAGUAGAGGUGGCCCGCCUGCAGCAGCUUCAGAGUGCAGCGGCCCAGUGGCAGCAGGCCCAGCAGCAGAGAGCAGGCUACCAGUACCAAGCCCUGAUGCAGCACCAUGCUCAGCUACAGACCAUCCUCAACCAGUACCAGCAGUGUAUCCAACAACCUGCACAGCUGGAGACAAUGUCUAUGGCCAUGCAGCUGAGUCACUAUGAGACGCAGCAGAAGCAGUUUGGCCCGGUGUUUGAAGACUGGGGCCGCACCUUCAGCCAAUGGCAAGAGCAGUUCCAGUCCUACCCACAUAAAGACCAGCUACAGAACUACGAGUUACAGUGGAAACAGUGGCAGGAACAGAUGAACUCCACCGCAGCACACCUACAGGAGAGGGUGACCACACUGCGAGCCAUGCAGCAGCAGUACGGAGGCGGUGGUGGGCAAUACGGCGCUGACCAAUACAGUAGUAGUGACCGGUAUGGUACUGGAGGGUAUGGGGACCAGUACAGCCAAUAUGAUCAGUACCCACACUCUGGACCGGACUCGCAGAUUCAACAAGGCCCCAUGGUGAGCCCGUCUAUGCCGUCCCAGCCAGGUAGCCAGCCCUCGUCCACCUCUGGACCCAUGUCCCAGGGCCCUCCACCAGGGCAGCACGGCCCCUCCAACGCCCAACGCGUGGGAACCUCCACAGGAGAACCGCAGCACGGCCUCUCCAAUGCCCAACGCGUGGGAACCUCCACAGGAGAACCGCAGCACGGCCUCUCCAAUGCCCAACGCGUGGGAACCCCCACAGGAGAACCACACCACGGCCCUCCACCGGGGCACCAGGGCCCUCCACCGGGGCACCAGGGCCCUCCACCGGGGCACCAGGGCCCUCCACCAGGGCACCAGGGCCCUCCACCAGGGCACCAGGGCCCUCCACCAGGGCACCAGGGCCCUCCACCAGGGCACCAGGGCCCUCCACCAGGGCACCAGGGCCCUCCACCAGGGCACCAGGGCCCUCCACCCGGGCACCAGGGCCCUCCACCCAGGCACCAGGGCCCUCCACCAGGGCACCAGGGCCCUCAGUCAGAGCAGUACAACCUGUCUGGACCCCCUGGUAGAGGGGCAGGCCCAGGAGGGAGAGGGUUGGCCAGACCACCAGGUCCACAAGAAGGACAGCCUCUGUCCUACCAAGGCCCCAGAGGACCAAGGUUUGACGGUCCGAGAGGGAAUGGCCCGCGGUUUGACCAGCAGCAGUCCGGUCAACAGCAGAGGUUCAACGCUCCACCAGGUCCCAGGUUCAACCAGCAGCACUCAAGGUUUGAUCAGCUUGGCCCCAGAGGACCAGGGCCUCGGUUCGGACAGCAGGGACCCCACUUCGACCACCCCACGAGACAGAGCCCCCCAGCCCGCUUUGAAAGGCCCCCUGGUCCCUCAGCACCUUAUAUAGGCCCACAGCCUAAACCAGACACGGGCAAAGACACCAAACUACCUCAGGGUAAGACUGAGAUGCCAGCAGGCUCCAAGCCUCCUGGUAUUAAACCUACUGGGCCAGCUAAACCAGUAGCAGUCAGUACAACUAAGCAAGGUGAAUUGGCAGAACCAGGGGAUAUGUCAGAGGACAUGUUGGAGUCUCUUGGGAGCUUCUUUGUCCAAAACGACCCCAUCCCUCAGACGAAAGCAGAGGCUGAUGCUGCUGCUGCUGCUAGUAAGGACUCCAAAAAGGAAGAGGUGACCCCCCCUGCUGCUGCCGGUGCCAAGCACCCCUCCUCUGUAACCCCGGAAACCGCUUCCCCUGCCAAGAGCGCUCUCAAACCAGGUGGACCGGCUGGGCCGUUGAAGACGAACGUCAGUAACAACAACGGGCCUCCGGGACUGCAGGGGCCUAAGUCUCACGGACCGGAGCCGCCGAAGACCGACACAAUGACCAACCAACCCGCUGGUCUUCUGGGGCUCAUGGGCCGUGGUAGAGGGGGACGUGGCCAGCCUCUAGGGCCUGUAAGAGGGGAGGAGGACGGAGGUAGAGGACGAGGGGAGGCGGACGGAGGGAUGAGGGGAGGGAGAGGACGAGGAGAGGCGGACGGAGGGAUGAGGGGAGGGAGAGCGGACGGAGGGAUGAGGGGAGGGCGAGGGGAGGCGGACGGUGGGAUGAGGGGAGGGAGAGGGCGAGGGGAGGCGGACGGAGGGAUGAGGGGAGGGAGAGGACGAGGGGAAGCGGACGGCGGGAUGAGGGAAGGGAGAGGACGAGGGGAGGCAGGUGGAGGGAUGCGAGGGCGAGGUGGUCUAUGGGGACGUGGAGGGAAACAGUCGGGUAUCCCAGACUUCAGUCCCAACACUAUCGCUCUGGGAGGUGGGAGGACGGACGAUGACAUGGAGGGGGUUCCUUACGACUACAGACCUCCACAUGAAGAGAUGCGAUCACAACAUGGAGGACCAGAGGAGGACUGGCAGGACUGGCAGCAGGACCCUUCCCUGGAGAAACCUGAAGGUCCUCCUCUGCCUGAAGAGGAGAUGUGGGUCCCUGAAGAGCACUACUACCCUCCAGAGGACUACUACGAAGACCCAGGGAGAGGAGGUCCCCCUAUGGGGAGAGGAGAGCCUCUAGAUGGGCACCACUGGGAGGAAGCAGACCCCCCACCUCCAGAGUACUGGGGAGAGGAAGGAGAUCCCUACUGGAUGGACCGGAGGCCCCCUCAUCAUGGCAUGAGAGGAGGCCCCCGAGCCCUGUUCCCCCCUGGGCGUGGUCGCCCCCCACGAGGCAGGCCCGGCUUCAUGCAACAGGGUGGUCCCAGACGCCCCCUUCCUCCUCCUCACGGAGCCAUGGACCCCCAUGAACCUCUCGGAUCCCCCAUGGGGCCUGACGAUGACAUGGACCCUCUGGGACCCCCGCUGCAUCGGGACUACAACCCCAGAGGGCCCAUACACCACGAUAUGAUGGAGCGAGACAUGAGGGGACGGCCUCCUCCACCUAGAGAGAUGAUGGACAGAGAUCUGAUGGGGCCUGGUGGUCAUCCUCCAUAUCACGACAUGGAGAUGGACCCUGGCUGGCCCCCGGGCCCUGGACGACCCCCCCACCUCGGCAGAGACGGGCCGAGAGGUCCCCCUCCGCCUCCCCAUGAGAUGAUGGAGCGGGGAGGGAUGAGGAGGCGUCCGUUGGGACCUCGGGGCACCCCAAUGGGCCGGGGUGUGAUGCGGCACCCACCUCGCUCACUCGAGGACUUGAAGGGGUACCCCCAUGAGGGGUAUGGGGAGGGGUUUGGUGGUCCCGGUGAUGAUGGGUAUGGAAGAACGCUGCCGCCACGUGACUGGCCGGACCACCCCUCACAUGAGUACGACUGUGAGGAGGAGUAUUAUCCCCAGGAGCCUCCUCGUGUUGGGGUGUGGGACAGGGAGAGAGGAGGACCACUACCGGAGAGGGACUAUUCUCCCUACCCUUCCCGCGGUCCUCCACCUCCCCCAGACCGUUUCAGAGAUGACGAGUGGACCGAUGAGAGAGACCGAGACCGUCCUCCAUACCCCUACGAGGGAGACAGAGACCGUCCUCCAUACCCCUACGAGGGAGAAGAGCGUGGAAGAGGAGGAGAGCUUCGAAGUCGAGACUUCCCGGACGACCCUUCGUACAGGCAUGAUGAACGCCCCUACCCAUCCCCUGCUGAAUGGGAGAGACCCAGACCACCCCUUCCAGAGAGAAACUACCCCCCAGAUUUUGAGGACCAUAGGCCCCAUUACGACGGGCGACCCGAGUCCUCUAGAUCAGAUCAAGGUAUCCCCCCAUCCACCCCUUCUCAGGCCCCUGCUCCUCCCAGUACUGGACCAGACAGUUCUCAGGAACCAGCUUCACAGGGAACUGGACCGGGCAUACUGGCUCUGUCACAACGACAACAUGAGAUCAUCCUGAAAGCUGCCCAGGAGCUGAAGCUUAUCAGGUCUGUUUCUCUGGUACUGAACAGAGAAAUGCAGGAGAAUAAGACUGAGGGAGAGGCCGUACCCAUCACGUCUGACCCCAAGACGGAGCUCCCUGCUGGGCUACUGGGGCUGGAGAUCCCCCCUGAGGUCCGGAGUGCCCUCCAGGCAACCAACCUUAUGUCCAGCUUGGCUCCUACUAAACUGACAUGGGGAGACACCAAGCCUCCAGAUACUGGUUACGUGUCCACGGCUCCUCCAGUCACCCCCAAGACUGUCGACUAUGGACAUGGACAUGACCUCGGUGCUGCCACGGUGGAGCGGAUCUCUUACGGUGAAAGGAUUGUGUUGAGACCCGAUCCCUUACCUGACAGAGAGAGAGAGAGGAGCUAUGAAAAAGAACCCCUGGGCCCCCUGAGAGACCCCUACCACAGAGACCUGUACUACGACAGACGACCGGUGAGCCCCUACAUGGAGCGCAGGGAGUACAGCAGGGAGAGGGAGAUGUACAGAGAGAAAGCUCCCAUGGACUUUGAAAGAGAACCAUACGAGAGGGAACGCUAUCCGCCUCGAGAUGACAGACCACCCCCCGGCCAUCCUCCACCUCGCCCGGGCUUCAGGGAGAGGGACAUGAGGGAGGGCAGCCGGACCAGUAGAGAUGGAGAGGAACCUUAUGGAAGGCCUGGGGGUUACGACAGACCUCCGUACGAGCGUGGGCCUGAGCGUGGGCCUGAGCGCUUCGAUCAUGGUGCUUCGCCAUACGGCGAACGGAGGAGUUACCCAGAAGAGAGAGGAGGCGGCCCCACGUCGUCCCACCCUCCUCCCCCACCGGCUGCUCCUCCUUCCAGGAUCGAGAAGAAACCGGAGACCAAGAACGUGGAGGAUCUUCUCAAACUACCAGGCCGAGACACUCGUCCAGAAAGGAUCGUCAUCAUAAUGAGAGGCCUACCAGGAAGUGGUAAAAGUCAUGUGGCCAAGCUGAUACGGGACAAGGAGGUGGAGUGUGGAGGGGCUCCACCCAGAGUGCUGGGGUUAGACGACUACUUCAUGACGGAGGUGGAGAAGAUGGAGAAGGACCAAGAUACAGGGAAACGAGUCAAACUUAAGUGUCUGGAAUACGAGUACGAAGCGGAGAUGGAAGACACGUACAGGAACAGCAUGCUAAAAACAUUCAGGAAGACACUAGACGACGGCUUCUUCCCCUUCAUCAUCAUCGACGCUAUCAAUGACAGGGUUAAAUACUUUGAUCAGUUCUGGAGUGCUGCCAAGACUAAAGGCUUCGAGGUGUACUUGGCUGAAAUCUCGGCAGACUAUCAGACUUGCGCUAAAAGAAACGCCCACGGCCGGAAGAUGAGGGAUAUUCAAAAGAUGUCCAGUAACUGGGAGUCGUCACCACGUCACAUGAUGCGGCUGGAUGUCCGUUCCCUGCUUCAGGAUGCUGCUAUUGAGGAGGUUGAGAUGGAAGACUUCAAUCCUGAUGAUGAGUCGCUGAAGAAGCCCAAGAAGAAUAAGGAGGAGGAGGAAGAAGACGUUAAGGGUUACAUUCCACAAAGCAAAUGGGAGAUGGACACUUCUGAUGCGAAACUAGACAAGCUGGACGGCCUGGUGAUGGGGGGGAAGAGGAAGAGGGAGGGAGACGACUUUCAGCUAACGGACGACUACGCCACUCGCCACUCUGAGCCUGGCAAGAAGAGGGUUCGCUGGGCUGACCUCGAAGAGCAGAAGGAUGCAGAGCGCAAGCGUGAUAUCGGCUUUGUGGUGGGUCAAACAGACUGGGAGAAAAUCACAGACCAGAGUGGACAGAUAGCUCAGAGAGCUCUCAACCGCACUAAGUAUUUCUAGUAACAGAAGAUCAUUGCCCUCACCCCCUGCUUCCUGGUUUAUAGGUCUGCAGACUGAAUAUCAGACACACUCUACAGGCCGACGUUUAGGAAAUCCGUAGCUGUUUAUUCCAUUCUUAGAAUACAGGAUAUAGCUUUCUGUUGACAUUCUUGAUGUUCAUUUAGAAUUGUGUAGUUUUUAUUUUCUUUCAUCCUAUGCUUUUCGAUUGGUAAGUUUAUAAUUUUUUUUGCACCAGUGUGCUUCUCAUUUUCUACUGUACAAGCUGUAACGUCUACGUGUAUGUUAGCACUGUUGCUUAAUUUUAAGAAAUAAACGAAAGAAAACAAUAAAAGGUUUCACACACACAAAAAACAAGCAGGAGAGUCUCGUGUGAGUGGUCAUAUGGGCUACGUCAUGGAGAGUCUUCUGUGAUGUCUGUUUUCAUGUGACCCACAUUCAGUAGAACCUCAACGAUACAAACCUAAUUUUAUGGUGAUAUAUUUUUCUCUUCUUUUUUUUCAAAGUUACGAACAUUUCAGUAUCUCAAAAACAACCUCCAUUUCCCUCUGUGUUCAUAUCUCUUAAGGUCCUACUGUGUUACAGGAAGUAUGUAGCAUAGGUUAGAGUGGCGGAACAGGAACAGGAAGGUUCUUGGUUCAAGCCCCGAGCCUAGCGAGGAAGUGGAUAGUGGACUGCUGGUGUCUGAGUCACUGGCUGCUAUUGUGCCCAUGAGCAAGGAACUCUCAAACUGCUACACGGAGGCUUACCCUUUGCCUCUCAGUGCAUGUGUGUGUCGGGGGGGGGGGUUAACGCAAAAUGAAAUGAGUUUUCGGUACUCAAACCACAUAGUAUCACUGUCUUUAAUUUGAUUUUAAUUCAAAAAUCUGUUACCUCAUUUGCAUUUCACAUAAUUUAAUCUCCUAAACUUUAAGAAAGUUCACACUCAUUGUUUCUUGCAACAAAUAAAAUACUGAAUUGAAAGUCCAGUAUAUAUUUUGUGCCGUUUACAUGAUCUUAUAUAAAUAAACAAUCCGUGACAGUCACGCAGAAUCACCUUGUGAAACACAACCAAAACAUCUAGAAGUUUCUGAUAAUGGGCAAUUCUACACUAUCAACUUGCUAACUGAGGCAAACGACGUGUUCCUGAUAGGUAAUCGAGCCAAAAAGAAAACUAAACCAUCAAUGGUCAACCAUCAAUGGUCAUCAAUGGUCAACCAUCAAUGGUCAUCAAUGGUCAACCAUCAAUGGUCAACCAUCAAUGGUCAUCAAUGGUCAACCAUCAAUGGUCAACCAUCAAUGGUCAUCAAUGGUCAACCAUCAAUGGUCAACCAUCAAUGGUCAACCAUCAAUGGUCAACCAUCAAUGGUCAUCAAUGGUCAACCAUCAAUGGUCAUCAAUGGUCAACCAUCAAUGGUCAUCAAUGGUCAUCAAUGGUCAUCAAUGGUCAACCAUCAAUGGUCAUCAAUGGUCAUCAAUUUCUCCUUCUUCUGUAUUCUCGUCACAUGACUUUUAUUCCUAUUGCUAAUUGGACUGAAAUAAAUUCUGACUACACAGAUAUAA